AUGGAAUCUCACGUUGACCGGCUGGUCAAGCAAACCUGGGAGAAAUUCCAGCAAUGUGAUGGCUCUCAGCGCCUCCUUAUCGCCAUUAGUGGAAUACCCGGCAGCGGCAAGACCACACUUGCCGCCUGCGUGGCGCAUGGCAUCAACAAUGUCUUCCACCAAGAUUACCACACUAAAUUCCCCAACAGCCCUCCCACUUCUUCAUCACGCACCGACCCUUCUCAACCUGAUAUAGCCUUCGUCGUGCCACUGGACGGCUACCAUCUAACACGCAAGCAACUAUCCGAGAUGCCCAACGCUGAGGAAGCCAUUUUCCGACGCGGCGCGGCCUUCACGUUCGACGCACAAAGCUACCUCGACCUCGUGACUAAACUGAGGAAGCCCAUCUCACCCGAGACCCCAACCAUCUUCGCACCAAGCUUCGACCACGCCGUAAAGGACCCCGUCACCAACGACAUCGCCAUCCCCGUGACAGCACGCAUCAUGAUCUUCGAAGGCCUGUACACGGCCCUCAACGAAGACGGCUGGCGCGAGGCGCACGAGCUGAUGGACGAGGUAUGGUUCGUCGACGCAGACAUCGAACGCGCCACACAGCGCGUCGCGAAGCGGAACUUGGCGGCCGGCAUUUCAGCGUCCUUCGACGAAAGUCUGGCCCGCACCAAGGAAAGCGAUAUGCGCAAUGCUCGUCACGUGCUGGAUAGUAGGCUGGAGGUCAACGAGGUGAUCCCAAGCGUCGAGGACGAAACCUGGGUCAGCCAGGAUCUCAUCAACGUGCAGGACGAAUUGGAUCGCAAGAAGGACGCCGCUCAGGAGGACGACGACGAGGACGACGAGGACGACGAGGACAGUUUCAGGAAACAGAGGAUGAUGCGCAUGGACAGUAUUGCAGCGUUGGCGGCCGAUGGCGUGGGCAUGUGA